AUGUAUCGUAAGCUGAAGUUCGAGGUGGAAUACCUGACGGAUGAGCACCUCACGGGGUUCGAGAGUUACAAGUAUAGCUCCUUGGACACAAGUCCCCUGAGUGUGUAUAUUAUGCAUCCCUUUUGGAACAAAAUAGUACAGUAUUGUCCAAAGUGGGUUGCUCCAAAUGUACUAACUUUCUUGGGAUUUCUUUUUACCGUGCUAAACUUUAUGCUAUUUGCGAUUUAUGAUUACUACUUCUAUGCGUCCAGCGAUGACAAGCCGGAAUACCCUCCAAUAUCACGAUGGGUCUUUGCCAUGGCUGCUUUUAACAUUUUUAUGGCAUAUACGCUUGAUGGGAUAGAUGGAAAACAGGCAAGACGCACACAAACGUCCGGUCCCUUAGGGGAACUAUUUGAUCAUGGUUUAGAUAGUUGGACUGCUAUGUUGAUUACAGUGUGUAUGUACUCAGUCUUCGGCAGAACAGAUCACAGUGUCUCGCCACUACGAAUGUACUUUAUAUUGUGGAACGUAUUUAUUAAUUUCUAUCUAAGUCAUUGGGAGAAGUAUAACACAGGUGUACUGUUUCUUCCCUGGGGGUAUGAUGCUUCCAUGCUAGCAACCAUUAUUGUAUUUACACUUACUAGCAUAAGUGGAUACGAAGCCUGGAAAUUUGAAUUGCUAGGUGGUCUAUCAGCGGGAAUGAUGUUUGAAAUGUUAUUUUAUGUCAGUGCGCUUGUGACAAACUUACCAAUCGUUAUUUGGAAUAUAUACAAAUCGUAUAGAGAUAAGACUGGAAAAAUGCGGACGUUUCCAGAGGCUAUAAGACCCUUAGUACCUUUAGUGUUGUUCUUUAUAAUUUCCACAUUCUGGAUAAUGCACUCUCCAAACAAUAUUCUAGAAAAAGAUCCGAGAAUAAUAUAUUUUGCCAUCGGCACUAUUUUUUCUAAUAUAUGCUGUCGAUUAAUUGUAUCACAAAUGAGUAAUACUAGAUGUGAAAUAUUACCAUGGUUACUAUUGCCAAUCGCAGUGGCCGCUAUUUUCUCAUUUAUCUUGCCAAGCAUAGAUUUGGAAAUUAUGUAUUUAGUUUCCCUAAUAGCCGUAGUGGCGCAUAUUCAUUACGGCACUUGUGUAGUACGUCAAAUGUGUCGGCAUUUCCGUAUUCAGACGUUCUCCAUAAAGGAUCAUUCCGAUUGACUACUUACCGACGAUGCAUGUUAAGAACGAAGAGAAAGAAAGAUCAAUAAAAACUGACACGGAAAAGCAAACAGGGAGAAGAGAUCUGACACACAUAUACACGAACUUUUCUUAGAACUAAUUAUGAGGCAUUAACAAUCAUGA